AUGCUUUCAUCAAUCGAAUUACCAGACUCUGUCACUUCUCUAAAUAAUUUUACAUUUUUCGGAAGUAGCUUCUUAACAAGUAUUAACAUUAGUGAAACAUCUAAUUUAGAACGAAUAGGAAGCUUUUGUUUCAGUAAUACUCAAAUAUCAUCACUUUUUCUUCCAAAAAAUUUUAAUUAUCUUGAUCCAACAUCAAUCAAUGAUUGUCCCAUAGGAAACAUAACAGUUCACCCAGAAAAUCCAUAUUUUAAGAGCGAUUCACAAAUUUUAUUUUAUGGUCAAAAUAAUUUCACAAUUUACGGAGUUAUUCCAUCAUUUUCUGAUACAAAUUAUAUCAUUCCUAGUCAUGUUACUAAUAUUUCUUCAUAUUGUUUCUACAAAGUUAAAUUUACAAGUAUUGAACUCCACAACAACAUUAUUUCAAUUGGGGAAGGCUCAUUUAGUAAUUGUAAUCAACUUAAAAGUAUCAUUAUCCCAGAAAAAGUUACAUUGGUAAACAAUAAUUUAUUUGAGUUUUGUUCUAAAUUAACAACUAUUGAAAUCAAAGGAGAAAUCACAAAAAUUGGAGAUAAAUCAUUCAGUAAUUGCAUGGCAUUAACAAAUAUUCCUGUUCCAAAUAGUUUAACUGAAAUUGGAAAUUAUGCAUUUGAAAGUUGCAUGUCAAUCACAAGUAUUAAUAUUCCAGAAAAUGUUUUGAUUAUUGGCCAAGGAUUAUUUAGUUCAUGUACAUCAUUAACAACUGUAACUUUAUCAAAUAAAAUUAUAGAAAUCACUAAUUACAUGUUCUAUUAUUGUACAAAAUUAAUUAGUAUUGAUAUUCCAGAAAAUGUUACAAAGAUUGGUGAUAACUCAUUUUUCUUUUGUAAAUCAUUAAUAAACAUUUUUAUUCCGAACAACGUUGAAUACAUUGGAAUCAGUUCAUUUAAAUAUUGUUCACUGAUUAACAAUCUAACAAUUCCCGAAAGUGUUACAAAGAUUUCAAGUUAUUCAUUCCAAUAUUGCAGUAAUCUCGGAAACAUCACAUUCAUUAACAAUAACAUUUCAAUUGGUUACAGUCCAUUUGGAAGUAUUUCUAACCCAAUUGAUAUUUUUAUUGCUGGCAAUUUCAGUGUUAACUCAACAUAUAAGAAUGCAUUUCCUAAACUUAGUCAUUUAUAUAUCACUAAUGAAACAAUUUUAUCCGAAUCAUGCAAAACAUUCUUUGGUGAAAAAUCAGUUUAUGUUCACAUGAAUUUCACAACAGAAAAUUUCGAUCCUUUAACAUUUGAUGUCAUUAAAUACAUUGCUAUUAAAAUCAUCCGACCACCACUUCCUGAUACAGAAGACGAUCCACCACCAUUUGAACUUAAAAUCUUUAUUCAAGGAAUAGUAAAUUAA